GAUCAUCCUUCUAAUAUUCCCAAAACCAUCUCACAAACUCUCACUCCUCAAAUCUCUCUCUCAUCUCCAAGCCCCUCCGACCAAUGGCGGCGACAAUGGCAACAUCAGCCAAAUGCAUGUCCUUAAACCCAUCUCCUCCUAAGUCUCUAAACCAAACCAAACCCAUCUCCUCAAAACCCUACAUCUCCCUCCCUACACCACCAAAACCCACCGUCUCUCUCGCCGUCACAAGCACCGCCCUCGCCGGCGCCGUUUUCUCCACGCUCAGCUGCUCCGAGCCCGCUUUCGCCGCCCACCAGAUCGCUGAGCUCGCGGCGGCGGCAGCUGGAGGUAGCGACAACCGAGGACUAGCUCUUCUCCUCCCGAUCGUCCCGGCGAUCGGAUGGGUGCUCUUCAACAUUCUCCAGCCAGCUCUCAACCAGAUCAACAAGAUGCGAGAGAGCAAAGGAGUCGUCGUGGGUCUUGGCAUCGGCGGUGGUCUCGCUGCGUCAGGGCUUUUGACUAUGCCGCCGGAGGCCUCGGCUGGUAUGGUUAACGAGAUGGCGGCGGUGGCGGAAGCAGCGGCGAAAGGUGGAGACAACAGGGGACAGUUGUUGUUGUUCGUGGUUGCACCGGCUCUGCUUUGGGUUCUUUACAAUAUAUUGCAGCCUGCUUUGAACCAACUCAAUAAAAUGAGGUCUGAGUAAUAAUCUUUGUAUAUAUAUUAAUCAUCGUUUGGGAUUCAAAUGUAAAAUUAAUCCUUUGUUUUAUGGACAGUUUCAUGUAUAAAUUUUGAACAAUUAUCCUCUGUUAUAUCCCACUACUAUAUACUCGA